GAUCCCCUGCCGUGAAGAAAGCGCGAAAUUACUUCUUCUUCCCCCUUCCUUUCAACACUUCAUCAGAAAUAAGAACCAGUCUCGCAAAUUAGAAUCCUCAGUAUCAAUUUUACAGCGAUCGGCUCUUUACACCUCCUCGAUCUUCGAUCGCACUUCUCCUCCACCACCACCACCACCGCUCGAACUCGGAGGAGAUGAGGAAACGGACGGCGUUGGUAUGGGGCGUCGCAAUCGUGUGCUUCGUAGUUCUAAUGUUAGUCACUCCGGCAAUCCCUCAGUCCCAGGAAUACCACGAUUUCGCCGACCAGCGUGAAUUCCUCGGAAUUCCAAAUGCGCUGAAUGUGAUUUCCAACUUCCCCUUCUUGGUUGUUGGUGUAAUAGGCCUUGUACUUUGCUAUUACAAGAACUACUUUAAGCUAAGCAUUCAGGGUGAGCUUUGCGGUUGGACAGUGUUUUUCGUCGGUGUGGCAGCAGUUGCUUUUGGUUCAGCUUACUAUCACCUAGAGCCUAAUGAUGCUCGCCUUGUGUGGGACCGCUUGCCGAUGACCGUGGCAUUUACAUCUAUUAUCGCGAUCUUUAUUAUUGAAAGAGUGGAUGAACGUAAAGGAACUUGGUCCAUCGUCCCCCUCAUCUUGGCCGGUAUAGUCAGCAUCGUUUAUUGGCGGUUUUUCGACGACCUCCGUCCUUAUGCUGUGGUCCAGUUUGUACCAUGUAUAGUAAUUCCCGUGAUGGCUAUACUACUGCCUCCUAUGUACACACACUCGACAUAUUGGCUUUGGGCGGCAGGGUUCUAUCUCAUAGCUAAGAUUGAAGAAGCAGCCGACAAACCUAUUUAUAAUUUUACUUUCCAUAUCGUCAGCGGCCACACGAUAAAGCAUUUAUGUGCUGCUAUGGUUCCUAUAUUCUUGACUAUAAUGCUUGCAAAGAGGGAGAUUACAGAAGAAAGGGUCACUCUACUACAAAUAUGGAGAAUAUCAUGGACCAAGGUUAAAGAAAAUGGCAACGAUGUAGAGGAUGUCGAGUGUACAUAUUCGGUUGUUCCUGUGGAAGAAUCAAAAUAAAGAUGUAGCGAUUUUCUUUUCUGUGGGGGAAGAAAUGUACUUAAAAUAUGAUAGAGGUAGAAAUUACCGGAACUAAUACUUUUUUAACUACGAAUACAGUAGUACUUGUACAUUAUAACGAAUUGCACCCUCGUUCAGACAAAUACUUUUCAGUUGAAUGUCUCGAUAGUUUUCCACUGACGAAUAGUGAAUGUGAAAUUUUAUGCCCCGUUGUUGCCGUUUAGGCAGGAA